CGCAGAGGUUUGAGACACCUUCAGCACCACCAACCAUCACCAACCGAUCAUCGAGUGUCUGUCCUCGCAUCGCUUCUCUGCCUCUCUGUCGCCUUCCCCGCUGGCGAAUUGUCGUUGAGUCUCGGAGAGCUAGCGCAGGGCUCAUCAUAUUCCUUCCCACCUGCUCCAACUCCUUCAACUCCUCCGCAUCCUCGUCCCCUGCUCUCCUGAAGACAGUCGCACUCCUUCACAAUGAACCGAAAUCUCAAGGGCGGAUUCGAGACCAUGAGGACCACCACCACCAAGACGACCAAAAUCAUACGGAAGGGCAGCACGGGGGUUGUCCAGCAUGAGUCGUCCUCCACGAGCAGCACGAGCUCCACGGUGAAGCGCAAGUCGUCCAUCACCACGUCCACAGUCUCGCUCGUCACCUUCAACACCAACGUGGAGCCGGGCGACAGCCUGCCCGAGUUCACCAUCAAACCCCCUCCCCUCAACGUGCCAGAGGGUAAGAACGUCUUCAUGAGGGCCAAGAUUGCCGGGGAGCCCAAGCCCAAGGUCUGCUGGAAGCGCGGAGCUGGGAACGACGUCAAGGAGUUCGGAGAGCGAUUUCGCGAUCGAUACGAUGCCAUCACGGGCGAGCACUCACUCCAGAUCGAAAAUGCCACCAUGGACGACACGGACACGUACAAGUGCGUGGCCACCAACGCCUACGCAGAGGCGACCUGCACCUUCAGCCUGACCGUCAUUGAGAGUCAGGAAAAAACAGUGGACUUCAAGUCGAUGAUGAAAAAAAGGUCUAAGCUGCCGCCUCCACCUCCACCCAAGGAGGUGAAGGUGCUCACGGAGAAGGAGAUCAUGGAGCUGCUGAUGAACACUGAGAAGAAGGACCUGGAGCGUGUUUGCUUCGAGCUGGGCAUCACCGACUUCCGUGGCAUGCUCAAGAAGCUCAAGCAGAUGAAGAAGAAGCAUGAGGAGGCGAUAGAGACGGUGACACUGCUCAAGGACAUGGUGGACGUGGUGGUGAAGACGGGCGAGAAGGCCACCUUCGAGGUCCACCUCGAGUUCAAGGACCCCAACCACCAGCGCGUCCGCUGGUUCAAGAACAAAGAGCUGCUGAUGACGGCCGCGAGUGCAGGGAAGUAUGAGCACAAGCAGUUCUCCAGCAAGCACACGCUGGUGAUCGCCAACGCCGACCUCAGCGACCAGGCCUCCUACUCGGUGGAGGCCAACGAGAAGACGUGGACCGCCAACCUGAAAGUGAUUGACGACCCGUGCCGCAUCCUGUCGAACCUGCGUCCGGCGCACUGCAAGGAGAAGACGAUCGCCAUGUUCGAGGUGGUGCUCUCCAAGAGUCAGGGCGACCUCAAGUGGACCUUCAACGGCGUGCCAAUCAAGCGCAGCGACAAGAUGGACAUCGUGUCUCGAGACGGGGGCAAGAUCCACCAGCUGAUCAUCAAGGACGCGCGACUCAGCGACAAGGGCACCUACGGCGUCUGCAUCGGCGACCAGACCUCGUCGGCCGAGCUCAUCGUCGAGAAGGAGCCGAUCAAGUUCUCGAGCAACCUGAAGACGGUGCGCGUGAAGGAGAAGAGCGGCGCUCGCCUCGAGUGCGAGAUCACCACCAAGGACGUCUCCGUGAGGUGGCUUAAGAACGGGCAGCCGAUCCCGCAGCACCUGCUGGACAGCGGCAAGGUGAAGGUGGUGUCGAGCGGCAAGCACCAGGAGUUGGUGAUUGAGGACGCCACGCUGGAGGACGCGGGCCAGUACUCCAUUGUGGUGGUGCAGGAGGGUGACACCAAGGAGUACGUGUCCGCCGCUGACGUUCACGUCGAAGAGCGCAUGGCCACGCUGCAGAGUGGCCUGUCGGACCAGGAGGUUCGCACCGGACAGCCCUCCGAGUUCACCGUCGUGCUGGACGAUGAGAAGGUGGAGGGUACCUGGAGGUGCGAUGGCAAAGUGAUCGAGGAGGAUGACAACGUGAAGAUCGUGAAGCAGGGAGCAGUGCACAAGAUCACCAUCAAAAACACGCAGGACAAGAACAUGGGCCGCUACACCUUCACUGCCAAGGGGGUCAAGACGGAGGGAAACCUCAACGUGGCCGACCCACCCGAAAUCGACUUGGACCUGCUGGAGCGCCUGAUGCGCGAGCCCAUCACGGUGCGGGCGGGCCAGACGGCGCUCAUCGACAUCCCGUUCAAGGGCAAGCCGGUGCCCAAGAUCACGUGGCUCAAGGACGGCCUGGAGGUGGAGGAGGACGCCCGCACCACGCUCCACCGCACCGCCUCGCAGACCUCCUUCUGCCGCGCUAACUGUCAGCGCGAGGAUAGCGGCGUGGUGACGCUGCGACUCAAGAGUUCCUGCGGCUCAGUCAGCGUGGACAUGCAGCUCAACGUCAUCGACGUGCCCAAGCCUCCGCAGGGCCCCGUGGAGUUCACCGAGCGGACGGGUCAGUGCGUGGCCAUGAAGUGGAAGGCGCCCAAAGACAAUGGCGGGCGGCCGGUCACCAGCUUUGUGGUGGAGAGGCGCCAGGUCGGCCGUUCCUCCUGGAUAAAGGUGGGCGAGGUGGACAGCAGCGAGACCUCCUUCUCCUACGACAAGGUGGAGGAGGGCAAGCAGUACCAGUUCCGCAUCCGCGCCGUCAACACGGAGGGGGUGAGCGAGGCGUUGGAGUCCGCCGAGGUCUACGCCGGGGAGCCCUACGUACCCCCGGGGUCUCCCUCUGCCCCCGUCGUGAGCAACGCCACCAAGAGCUCGGUGAUGCUCAGCUGGCAGCCUCCGCAGAACGACGGCGGGUCGGCCAUCUUGGGAUACAUGGUGGAGCGCAGGAAGAAGGGCAGCUCCCUUUGGGUGGCCGUCAAUACGCAGCUCGUGCAGGGGACGGAGGUGGAGGCCGGGAAGCUGACGGAGGACGUGGAAUACGAGUUCCAGGUGACGGCCGUCAACGCGGCCGGGCCAGGGGCGCCCAGCAGCACCUCGCUACCCGUGCUGGCACGCGACCCCAUCUACCCUCCGGGCAAGCUUGAGGACCUGUGGGUGACCGAGACCACCUACUCCAGCGUCUCACUCGCGUGGAAGCCCCCGCUGGCCGACAGCAACAGCGGCAGUGGCGGCAACAGCGAGGCACAGGGCUACGUGGUGGAGAUGCGUUCCGAGGAUAGCGGGGAGUGGGUGCGCUGCAGCAAGGAGCUGGUAACUGGCACGCGUUUCACGGCCACGGGUCUGCGCGAGAAGGGCCGCUACUUCUUCCGCGUCAGGGCCGUGAACGAAGCCGGCGUCGGCGAGCCGAGGGAGCUGGACAAGUACGUGGUGGCCAUGCCGCCCCCUGCCGCUCCCAGGUUCCACCUGACCUCGCGCCACCAGAGCUACGUCUUCCUCAAGGCCGGCGAGACCCUGCGGCUGGCAGUCCGCUUCUCGGGCAUCCCCACGCCCACAGUAACCUGGCACAAGAACACGCUGGCGCUGCCCGACCGCGCCAACGUGUCGACAGAGGGUGGCAGCACCCACAUGGUGAUCUCUAGCGCGGACCGCUCCGACUCGGGCAUCUACAGCGUGAAUCUGGCCAAUGAGGCCGGCUCUGAGACCAUGAAGAUCCGCGUCACGGUCGCGGACGUCCCCCGUCCUCCGGGCGAGAUCACCCUGGCGGAGGAGAUCAGCCAGACGGUGACGCUCACGUGGGAGCCGUCGCCGGACGACCUACCGGAGGAGCGUGUCUACUACGUGGUGAUGAAACGCGACUCGAGCACCAUGAGCUGGUUCAUCCUCUCGGACCGCGUGGCCCACACGCGCUACACCGUCACCAACCUCGUGCCAGGCCGCAAGUAUUUCUUCCGCGUGAUGGCGCGCAACGACCUGGGCGUGAGCCAGCCCACCGACUGCAAGGACGCGUGGCAGGUGCCAAAGCAGAAAAACCUCUUCGAGGUCAAACUGAACAAGUACCAGGACAAGGAGCGUGAAUUCGCGCCCGAGUUCGUGCUGCCCCUCAAGGACCACGUGGCGCCGCCGGGCAACGACGUCAAGAUGAGCUGCGCCGUCAGCGGCAACCCGCGGCCCCGAGUCGCGUGGCUGUGCGACGGCGAGCCGGUGAGCGAGACGUCCAACGUGUGGUGCAGCGACACGUACGGCGUCUGCUCGCUGCACGUGGCGCUCGCCACCGCCAAGGACAGCGGAGUCUACUCGGCGGUCGCCAUCAACCACCUCGGGGAGGCGUCGUGCUCGGGCAAACUCGCCGUGACCGGAGAAAACUAACGGCGAGAGGGACGGGGCGAUGGCCCUUCGCCGAUCGUCGACCGCCCAUCAUCCUCGCAUGCCCAAAGCCGUCCACCUUCGUCUGUCCCCAUCUCUUUAGAACGUCCGGUCGAUGGGUUUUAGAGGGGGGGGGGGGGGGGUUGGGUGGGGGGCGGUCGCUCGAUCGUGCCAGGUCGAGUCCG